AUGUUUGAUAUUAUCAACGACUUUUCUUUAGAUUAUAUGCAUAUGUUAUGUCUUGGAGUGACCAAAAAACUGCUUUUUUUAUGGAUGAAUGGUCCAUCAAAUGUGCGCUUGCCUUCAUGGAAAAUUAGGGAGUUAUCAGAUUUAGCUAUUAACUUAAAGUCAGAUUUUCCUUGUGAUUUUUCAAGAAAACCAAGAAAAUUUGAAGAAGUAGCUCGAUUUAAAGCAACAGAAUUUAGAUCGAUUUUAAUAUAUUAUGGUUUUGUUAUUUUAAAAGAUAUUAUAACUGAUGAUUGUUACAAACAUUUUAAGGCUCUUAGCAUAGCAAUGACGAUACUUCUAAGUCCUCAGCAUGUUUCUUUAAAACAAUAUGCUCAUGAUUUGUUAUAA